UGAGUUUUGUUUUCUUCUUUAAGCAUAUCUCAAUCUUUGCUAAUCUUCAGACGACGAAGAUCUUGAUACACUCUCGAUUCUCUUAAGAAGGGAAGGAACAUCAUCAUGAGAGACUAUAACAUGGAUAACUUUGGUUAUGCUAAUCUCGCUAACAACGAUGAUGAUGUUUCAUUGCCUAAAGCAGCAACCAAUUCGAUUCAGAAAGUUUCGAUGUUACCACUCGUUUUCCUCAUAUUCUACGAAGUCUCAGGAGGUCCUUUUGGUGCUGAAGGUAGUGUGAAUGCAGCAGGACCAUUAUUAGCUCUUUUAGGGUUUAUCAUCUUCCCUUUCAUUUGGUGUAUUCCUGAGGCACUAAUCACUGCAGAGAUGAGUACAAUGUUUCCAAUAAAUGGCGGUUUUGUGGUUUGGGUCUCCUCUGCUUUAGGACCCUUUUGGGGGUUUCAAGUAGGUUGGAUGAAGUGGCUUUGCGGGGUUAUCGAUAACGCUUUGUAUCCGGUUCUGUUCCUCGACUAUUUGAAAUCCGCAAUACCGGUUUUAGCUACUGGAUUGCCAAGAGUUGCGUCAAUCUUGAUCUUGACUCUGUUGCUUACUUACUUAAACUACAGAGGACUAACCAUUGUUGGCUGGACUGCUGUGUUUAUGGGAGUUUUCUCUAUGCUUCCGUUUGCGGUAAUGAGUCUGGUUUCGAUUCCGCAGCUGGAGCCGUCGAGAUGGCUUGUGAUGGAUUUAGGAAAUGUCAACUGGAACUUGUAUCUAAACACUCUUUUCUGGAAUCUUAACUACUGGGACUCGGUUAGUACACUAGCCGGUGAAGUGGCUAACCCGAAGCAAACACUUCCCAAGGCAUUGUCCUACGCUGUGAUCUUUGUAGCUCUUUCGAACUUCCUCCCUCUUUUGUCUGGAACCGGGGCUAUCCCGUUGGACCGCGAGUUAUGGACAGAUGGUUACUUAGCUGAUGUUGCUAAAGCCAUUGGUGGAGGAUGGUUGAGAUUAUGGGUUCAAGUGGCUGCAGCUACAUCAAACAUGGGAAUGUUUUUAGCCGAAAUGAGUAGUGAUUCGUUUCAGCUUCUAGGAAUGGCUGAACUCGGUAUGCUUCCCGAGAUCUUUGCGAAAAGGUCUCGUUACGGGACACCUAUGUUAGGGAUUCUGUUUUCAGCUUCAGGUGUGUUACUAUUGUCUGGAUUAAGCUUUCAGGAGAUUGUAGCUGCAGAGAAUUUGCUCUACUGUGGUGGAAUGGUUUUGGAGUUUAUAGCAUUUGUUAGGAUGAGGAUGAAGUAUCCUGCUGCAUCGAGACCGUAUAAGAUUCCAGUUGGAACAGUUGGUUCGGUUCUGAUGUGUGUUCCUCCCUUUGUACUGAUCUGUUCCGUUGUUGUUCUCUCUACUCUCAAAGUGGCUCUUGUGAGCUUUGUGAUGGUUACUAUUGGUUUCUUGAUGAAACCUUUUCUGAACUACAUUGAUCGUAAGAGAUGGAUCAAAUUCUCGGAUAGUUCUUAUUUGGCAGAGUUUCACAAGGAGAAUCUGAAAUUUGAAGAAUCUUUAUUACGUUAGGAGUAUUUGCAAAAGGUAAGAAAGCUUGGAAUCAUCUAGCCGAAACCAAUUGUCUUAUUUGUCUUCUGCUUGAUUGGUACAUUUUGUUAAAAUUCUUUGUUCUUUGUUUUAAGCACAACUUCACAAGAAGAUGUGUAAAUGUUGUAUUUUUUGUUUUGUUUUGGGAUGUAAAC